GGAAAAAUAUUCAGUUUUUUUUUCUGUGAUCACUUCUUAUAUAAAGAGUUUCUAUUUUUAUUACUAAAAGAAACUUUUGAAAAUAUGGGUAGUCAUGGGGAUAAAGGAAGAAGAAAUGUUGUGAUUAGGGCUAUAUUGUUGGGUCUCAUAAGCAUUGUAUGUGUGAAUGGUACUAUCAUUAAUUACAAGGAAGCCUUAACCAAAUCCCUAAUCUUCUUGGAGGCUCAAAGAUCAGGCAAACUUCCUCCUAACAAUAGGGUUCCGUGGAGAGGUGAUUCGGCUCUUGAUGAUGGCAAACUCGCAAAUGUAGAUUUGGCGGGAGGGUACUAUGACGCAGGAGACAAUGUGAAAUAUGGUCUUCCAAUGGCGUUCACGAUAACAACGCUGGCUUGGUCCACCAUUAACUAUGAAAAAGAACUCCAUGCCGCUGGAGAGCUCGAAAACACUCGUGCAGCAAUCCGUUGGGGAACGGAUUAUUUACUCAAAUGUGCUUCUCGCGAGAACCACCUCUAUGUUCAGGUUGGUGAUCCGAACGCGGAUCACAAGUGUUGGGCGAGGCCUGAGAACAUGCAAACGCCAAGGACGGUGUUGGAGAUAAGUGAUAAAGAUCCUGGCACAGAAAUCGCGGCCGAAACUGCCGCUGCACUGGCUGCUUCCUCCAUCGUUUUCCGCCACAUAGACCACAUGUACUCCCGCCAGCUCCUCAACAAAGCCAAAUUGCUCUUCAAGCUAGCCAAGAGCCACAAGGGUACAUACGAUGGAGCAUGCCCUUUCUACUGUUCUAACUCUGGUUACAACGACGAGUUACUAUGGGCGGCAACAUGGUUAUACAAAGCAACAAGGAUUGAGGUGUACCUUAGCUAUCUCAAAUUUGAAGCCAUAAGUGCUUACGUCGCUGAGUUUAGCUGGGAUCUCAAAUACGCCGGUGCGCAGAUCCUCAUUCUUGAGAUGAUAUUCGAAGGCGCAAAAGGACUUGAUCUAUAAACAACAAGCUGAUAGUUUCAUCUGCUCAAAUAUCCCG